AGAGCAACUUCAACGGUAUCAAAUACAGUUUGAGUCGAAGAUGAAUGAAGUAGUGGAGAAACAAAUUCAGGCUAUACGCACAGAUUUUCAGUCACGAAUUCAGUCUUUGGAAUCUCAAUUGCAAGCUGCAGGCGUGCCCGUUGAUCCAGUUGUUGCACCAUCAAACCCAUUACAUAGGCAGUUAUGGAUUCACUUAGUAGUCAUCCCACUGUUCGGCCAAUGUCACAUCAACAACAAUCUCAUGCAUUUUCAUCCCAAGAGAUUCACCUUUCAAAGAAAGAGAAGAAGAAUAAGAAGAAGAAGAAGAAGAAGAAGAAGAAGAACUAACAAGGUAAAAGUACUAAUAUCACUAGUUCAUGGUUUAUGUUCAUUUGAUUUUGGUCAAUAUUGCAUUUUUUGCAAGUUAAAAUAAGUUAGGAA